AUGCCCCAAUAUCCUAAGUGUAGUUGGAAGAAGAUAACAAUUGGUUCAAAAGCACUGACAAGACAUCAAUCCAUACAGUGGUUGGCUAUGCACAAGAAGCUCACAACAGUUGAUAGAUUAAGAAAAGGGGGCAUAUCAGUAGCUACUGAUUGUGUGUUGUAUGAAAAAUCUAUUGAAGAAACAAUGGAGCACUUAUACUUUGAAUGUGAUUACUUCGGACAUCUGUGGGCAACCCUAUUAAAAUGGCUGGGGGAAACACACACCAUAGGGAGCUGGAAUGCUGAAACAGAAUGGCUAGAAAAAAGAAGUUCGAGCAGAGUUAGAGCACAACUGGUAAGGUUCCUAUAUGCAGCUGUUGUAUAUCAUGUUUGGGUAGAGAGGAAUCAAAGGAGAUUUCAAGACAAGAAGAUAACAAGCCAACAGAGGAUAAAGUUUAUUAUCUUAGAGCUUCAUACAAGAGGGCAGAAAGAAAUGAAAUGGCAAAAGGAGCUGGACAAACUGAACUAUUAUCCUAGUUAG